AUGGUUGCGCCAGCUGUCCCGGAGCUCACAGAGGAAAUCCUACACGAAUCUAUCGAUGCGCGAACAGAAGUCCUAAUUGCGCUCCGAGAAUUAGGCCCUCCAGAUUUGGUUCAACUGAUCAAACAAGCCCCAAGGAAUCCAGGGAAGCAGAUUGGAGUCUACCACCAUGUUACUGGCGUCGAUGCCUCAUCGUCAGCAAGUCUAGCAGCCUAUAUAAACACCCUCACAUACAAAGAGACUCACCAAUCUACAACAAAAAUUGUGGAAGGAGUCUAUUGCUGCUACAAUGCAUUUUCAAGACUCGAUAUGCGCGUUCAUGUUACAAUACCCGGAACCGUUGAUAGUUAUUGCAUUGAUGAGCGGGGGGAGAAGAGAUCAGCUUCGGACGAAUUAUGGUUAGAGACAUACCUGUGCAGCGUACUUCGUGCGUAUUCAUACGCAGACGAUGGGAGUGGAGAGACUAUUCGGAAGAUAAUGGGAGUUCGGAGAUUCAACCCAGUUACAAACACAGAAACAGAGCAUAGAUUCCUCCAGGCCGCCGAGCAAUUGUUCUUCAGGGGCUGGCAACUUGGGUCUGAUUCCAUCGUCCAAGUUCCUAACAAUGUUUCGAAUCAUCUCACAGCUGGCCUCCUCAAGUACUUUUAUACUACCGGGCGAUUUGCUUCUGGCAUUAACCUUUUCGAGAAGCUACGGACUCGAAAUGUAGAGGUUUCAUCACUGUUAGCAAAAGUGCUCCUAAUGGGCAACGAAGAGGUCCAAGCAGUCAGAGUACUACAUGAGUCAGUAAAGCAAUCACCUAUGGAUUAUGUUAUGCUCGAUACGCAAUCAGAGUUCUUGAAAAAGAAGGCUCUCAAUCCAAACUCGCCUGAAUUAAAGGACGAGAGAUUACGGAUGUCACUUGGAUGUGCAGACCGUAGCACUGUCGCUGCCCCCAGCGAAUUUGGCACGUGGGCAAGACUAGCAGAGGUAUAUGUCUCGAUGGAGGACUGGGAGAAUGCGCUGACUACACUGAACUCUUGUCCUAUGUUCACCUACCAGGACAAAGAUGCGCCGAUUAUGCCUGAACCCAAGGACAUAUUCUUACCUACCCUACCCGAAACUCGGUUGGACGAGAUUGACAGCGAACCAGAAUCGAAAUACGGAGAGCAAGUUCAUCCUAGCUUACUGAGUCUACGAGCUGCUGGAUAUAAGGGAACAUUCAAGCAUGCCUAUAGCAUUUUGACUGAAAUGACUGCGAAGAUCGGAUGGGAUCAGUUGUUGAAGAUCCGGAGUAACGUAUUUGUCAUGGAGGAGGAGUACCGCAGCGAGAAACAGCCACCAGUUGGUCAACAAGGUGACAUAACCAAGCGCAAUCCAAGCACCGAUGUACUGAGAGGCAGUCCAGGUCCUCCCGUAAACGGCGAUGAUCAUACCGACGAUGGAAAAAGCGUCAGUGAUGAGAACAGCACCAAUGGUGAUUCAACGGCGCCAACCUUGAUCGCUGAGAACGGGGUGCGAGGAUCCGUGGCAGACGAGUCUGUGGAGAAGCCACCGCACACGGUGACACCCGAGGAAGUUAAGGGUGGAAAUGAAGAUGUCGGUAGUGAGUCUCAUUUCGCCAAUGCAUGUACUAACAUAUCCCAGUCCGAAGCAACAGAAGAGCAGCUAUCCCGCUUCAACAACAAACGCCUCUGCGAACGCUGGCUCGACAGCCUUUUCAUGGUCCUCUACGAAGACCUGCGCAUUUACACAAUUUGGCGUACCGAGAUGGCACAAUAUCGCGCCCAAUCUAUGCAAUACAAAAAGUCUGCCGAAGAAUGGGAAAUCCUCGGCGCUCUCGCCGAACGCCUCCACCACCAAGCCGAAGCCGCCGAAGCCUACCGCGCCUGUCUAGCUAUCCGCUUUUCGCCCAAAGCCCUCACUGGUAUUCUUGGUGACGUGGAGAAGGAGAAGAAUACACGCGAUACGAUUGCUAGUGUUAUUCGUUUGGUCACGUGGCAGUAUCGCUGGUAUUCGGAAUUCAGCCCUGAGUUGCUGUAUACGAUUCGUACGCUGAUUGAAGACGAGGGUGCGGUCAAAGUCAGGAGUAUCAUUCAAGCUACUAGUCUCCCACAGAAUGUGCUAGAUUUGACGCAUCAUUAUGCGGCGCUCUGCGCGACAUUCAGAAGCAGUGGUACCGAGGGCUAA